UAAUUACCUUUAAAACUAUGUUUAUUUUACAGUAACACAAAAUAUAAAAAGAUUUUAAAAAUUCGCAGUAAUUGUUUUGACUUGAGCAGCUGUUAUAUUUCCUUGUCACAUAUUUCACACACAGUGACACGGCGGUUUAUGAAGGCCUCCAUUCUCCUCAAUGAAACAGGUGCGGUGCCGUACGUGUAGCCCCGCCCCCUCGGUUACCAUAUUUGGCUAACUUCCCCAUUCCAAAGGGCGGUGGGCGGGGCGAUGACGCCACCUGUUUCUGAAUGGGCUGCGGACUUGUGCUCACUCAGCCGGUACAGUCAAGUAUUUGGAGAAGUGGAGUCGGAGUGGGACGCACGGAGACGGGCCGUGGGACAGAAAACCGUCCAGUUACUUUAAAACGCAGAAGAAAAAUGGAGUUUCGCCGCUUCAGUCCCGUCCUGUUUCUAUUUGUCAACCAAGUGUUCGUCAGUCUGCAGUCGAAAGAACCAGAAGUUCUUCUGGACAUGAGAGCUUCAGGAUCAGAGCUGGGCUGGCUGACGCUGCCAAAUGAGAAUGGGUGGGAGAUCGUUCAAACCGUGGUCAACAGCUCACUCUUCUACACCUACAGCGUCUGUAGCGUAGAUAACAACGAACAGGACCACUGGCUGCGGACCACCUUCAUCCAGAGGCAUCCUGGGACGUCACGCGUCUCCGUGGAGCUGCAGUUUGUCGUGCGAGACUGCAACACGUUCGACGGAGCCUCCGUGGCCUGCAAAGAGACCUUUAACCUCUUCAUGUCCGAGGCCGACGACGACGUUGGCACCAACUUCCGUAAAGGGCAGUUCCGCAAAGUGGCCACCAUAGCGCCCGAUGAGGUCACCAGGGGCCGCGUGCUGAAGGUCAACAAAGAAACGAGGAGCGUGGGGCCUCUGUCCAGGAAGGGCUUCUACCUGGCGUUCCAGGAUUUGGGCGCCUGUGUCGCCCUGCUGUCAGUGAGAGUGUAUUACAAGACGUGUCCGUCCACGGUGCAGAGCUUGGCGUCCUUCCCGGAGACAGUGGCGGACGCCCUGAGGGAGGUGGAGGGAACCUGCGUGGAGAACGCCGUCAGUCAGGCCACCCCACGCAUCUACUGCACAGCCGAGGGCGAGUGGGUGGUUCCCGUGGGCCAGUGCCAGUGUCUGCCCGGCUAUGAAACCACGGGGGAGUCGUGCCAAGCCUGUAAGCCCGGCUACUACAAGCCGUCCGUGUCCAGUCUGCUGUGUCAGGUCUGUCCUGACAAUACCAGGCCCUCCGAGGCCGGCGCCACUGAAUGUCAGUGUGAGGAAGGUUUCUUCCGCUCCCCCUCAGACCCGCCAUCGUCUCCCUGCUCUGCUCCACCCAGUGGCCCCCGUGACCUCACCUCCACCACCCUGUCAGCAGACGGCAGACUACAGCUGCUGUGGAGCGCGCCGCUGAUGACCGGGGGUCGCAGUGACCUCACCUACAGCGUGGUGUGCGAGCUGUGCAGCGGAGCCGCCUGUUCACCCUGCAGCGAGAAGAUCCGCUUCGAGCCGGGUCCUUCAGACCUGCGGGACACAGCGGUCAUCGUCACCGACCUGGACUCUCAUCUGAACUACACCUUCACUGUGGAGACCCACAGUGGUGUGUCCCAGUACUGCAGCCAGCGGCCCACGGCCACCAUCACCACCGCUCUGGACUACACCGACCCCCCCAAGGUGACGUUGAUCCACCUGGACGAUCGCAGCCCCAGCAGCCUGUCUCUGUCCUGGUCUCUGUCUCGCAGACCUCCAGCUCACAUCAGUCAGCGCUACGAGCUAAUGUACCGCAGAAAAGACACUGACGCGGAGCGAGACGUGACCACCUUCACCGUCCUCAUCUUGGAGAAGAGCUCGGUGCAGAUCAACGACCUCACGCCCAACACCACCUAUCUGUUCAGGGUGCAGGCACUGGGUCCUGAAGGGAACCCCGGCAGCUACAGCACGGAGUACGAGUUCCACACGUCACCACUAGAGUCCCAGAUCCAGAGCAAGUCGACGGUGGUGAUGGCGGCCGUGGUGGGAGUCGCAGUCGUCCUGCUGGCCGUGGUGGCCGUGCUGCUGCUGCGGAGACGGAGACUGAGCUCACACAUCAGGGGGGGGCCGGAGGAUCCUUACUUCUCAACAGAUCAGCUCAAGCCUCUGAAGACCUACGUGGAUCCGCACAUGUACGAGGACCCCAACAUCGCCAUUCAAAAGUUUGUCACCGAAAUCGACCCCAACUCCAUUAGCAAACAAAAGGUCAUCGGCGUAGGGGAGUUCGGGGAGGUGUUCUGGGGUGUGAUGAAGACCCCUGCACGGGGAGAAGUCGCCGUAGCGAUCAAGACCCUGAAGCUCGGCUACUCCGAGAAGCAGAGGCAGGACUUCCUGAGUGAGGCCAGCAUCAUGGGGCAGUUCUCCCAUCCCAACAUCAUCCGUCUGGAGGGAGUGGUCACAAAAUUCAAACACGCCAUGAUCGUAACUGAAUAUAUGGAGAACGGCGCUCUGGACACGUAUCUGAAGGAUCGGGAUGGAGAGAUUCCUUCAUACCAGCUGGUGGGAAUGCUGCGAGGAAUCGCCGCCGGCAUGAAAUACCUCUCUGACAUGAACUACGUCCACAGAGACCUGGCAGCCAGAAACGUUUUGGUUAACAGCAGUCUGGAGUGUAAAGUGUCUGACUUUGGUUUGUCGCGGGUGCUGGAGGACGACGCUGAGGGAACGUACACGACCAGAGGAGGUAAAAUCCCCAUCCGCUGGACUGCCCCCGAGGCCAUCGCAUACAGGAAGUUCACCUCAGCCAGCGACGUGUGGAGCUUCGGCAUCGUCAUGUGGGAGGUCAUGGCUUUUGGAGAAAGGCCCUACUGGGACAUGAGCAACCACGAGGUCAUGAAGUCUAUCAAUGAGGGCUUCAGGCUCCCUGCUCCCAUGGACUGUCCGUCCACCAUCUACCAGCUCAUGCUCCAGUGUUGGCUGCACGAUCGCUCCAAACGACCUCGCUUCUCAGACAUCGUCAACAUUUUGGACAAACUUCUCCGAAGCCCAGAAUCUCUGAAGACCAUCGCUGACUUUGAUCCACGCGUGUCCAUUCGACUGCCGAGCACCAGCGGCUGUGACGGCACCGUGUUCCGGUCGGUGCCCGAGUGGCUGGACUCCAUCAAAAUGAGUCAGUACAACGAGAGCUUCAGCCGGGCUGGGAUCACGACCAUGGAGCAGGUGCUGGCACUGAGGCACGAAGACAUCAGAAACAUCGGCGUGCGUCUCCCAGGUCACAUGAAGAGGAUCGCUUACAGCAUCCUGGGCCUGAAAGACGAGGCCAGCUCACUCAGCGUGUUUGCGGUGUGAUUUCAACAUUCCUCCAAAUCAGAGUGCACUGACGGACCGUGGCGUUUUACUCAUGGAGAUGAAAGACUAAAGUGGGGGGCGGGGGGACGUAAGCCAAACCGCUGCUUCGAUUUGGCAGCGGACCAGGGCGGCCCGACUGAAGAGGACCCUCCGAAUCGCUCAGAACAAGACUGAGAUUAAAAAAAAAAAAAUACACUAAUGUACUUUAUAAGGUGAAAAGAGGAAAACAUUAUUUUUAAGUCAAAUGUUUCAUAUUUGAGCAGAAACGAUAAGAGCUGUGUUUUAUACUGAAUGACUGAAAUCCUGACCAGACUGUCCAGUUUUUGACCAAGCACUGUCUUUGUCCCGUCGCUGUUUGCGGACCAUCCAAUCAGGUUAUGGUCAACGACGACACUUUGUUUUUGUUCUGUUUUUUCAAAUAUGUAAAUACUGUUCUGCUCAGGGCGAAAAGACCACAUAUUCUGAUCCCGUCUCUGUAUCAUGUGAUGCAUUUUCCUCAAAUCAGUUAUUUGUUUACACUAUGUCUUAAUACAUCUGUCAAUACUAUUUUUAUUUAAUAUUUAUUUUUUAUUUUAUAUUUAUGACAUUUGUUACACGAGAAAAAUAACUCCAACCUGCCCCCUGUCUGUCAGGUGGAGUAUUUACGUGUGUGAAUAAACUCAGUGUUGACUGUGACUGGAUCACCCUCACACACUCAGCAGUCA